AGAAAAAGAAAAAAAAAAAAGAAGGAAAAAAAAAAUCCACUCUUCUCUCUCUCUAAACUUUCUUCUCUUUCAACGGUGAGUUUGUUCUUGUGCAUGUUGAUGAUAAAAAUCGGCUUCUGUUUUGUGGUGGAAAGUGGUGGAUCGAGGGACUCGAGUGGAGAUACAGUCCUGGCCGGGUUAAGGUUUCUGAGUCGACUCGGCGGCGCUCGGCGGAGGAAGGUGAAGGUCAAAGUGAUGGAGUGGUGGCGCAAAAUGGCCUUCCCCGUUAAAAAGGCUUGGCUUGUCGUCUCGGCCCGUAAAAAGGGUGCGGGGCUUUUGAAACUCCAUGACGACAUUCAGACAUGUGGAUACGAGGAUGUCCAAAUCAUGUGGGAAAUGUUGAGGAGAAGCGAAUCACAAGUAAUUUCACAUCACAAAAAACGCAAACAACGGUGGUUCAUGAAGAACUUGGCGUGGUUCAACCACGGACAAUCGGGCCCUUCCUUGUCGACUCAUCAAUCUCAAUAAUAAGCAAACUGUGCAUUGUCUCUAAUGCAUUUGGUACAAUAAAUUUUAUUCCCCCCUCUUUGGAAAAAUAAUAAUAUGAUACACACCUGAGAGAGUUCAUCGUAUACUACUUGGGAGGUUGAAACAGACUUUGUGCAGUCAUUUGUAAAUAUGUACUGUGUUUGCUUUCUGCCAAUCAUCUCUAUUGGUAGGAGUUUUUAAAGGUGGAAUGAACAUUUGGGGGAGCCCAUGUAACUCACUUUGUAAAAUAAUUAUUUUUUACCUUGUUUAUUAAAUAAUUGCAUAUCUACUAAAAAAGAAUGAAAAAUAUAAAGUAGGA